AUGGCGUGCUUGUUAGUGGUUGCUUUGGCGGAGAAUAACCUGGAGGAGAGGAUGCUAUGGGCAGGGUCUGACACAGGGACUCGCGUGGAAAGAGAAACCUACAAAAAAUAUAUUGUUUGGGCACUUAAGGCUUUUGACAUCAAUGAAGAAGAAUACACUGAAAAUAACAAGGCAAAUAAGGAUGAGAAACGUAAUGAUGGCAGCACACCUCUACAUGAUGCAGCCUACCAUGGACAGAGGGAGGUUGUUGAGGUGUUAUUACAGAACAAGGCCAAUGUGGAUGAAAAACCCUACCACGGUCAUAGGGAGGUUGUGGAGGUGUUAUUACAGAACAGGACAAAUGUGGAUGAACAACGUAAUGAUGGCAACACACCUCUACAUCUUGCAGCCUACCAUGGACAUAGGGAGCUUGUGGAGAUGUUAUUACAGAACAAGGCAAAGGGUGACAACCGAUGGCCAGUUUCUUAUGAAAUCAUCGUCAAUUCCACACGGAAGCUAUAA